GCUCCCUACAAAGUUUCGAACAGUAUCUCAUCAAAGUUUCGUACAUUGGGUACCUUUAGAUGUCUAUGGAGAGUCGUAAAACUGAUCAUAUUCCUGAAUUGUCUCCUCAUUAUUCAGAAACCCAUAGUGAUGACCAGCUCGGAGGAAAUACCUACCGAAUGGAUCCCUUGUUAGAGUUAGAAUUAGCUAAAGUACGUUUAGCUCAGACAGAAAAGGAAAUCGAGCUAGAACGGUUACGCCAAAAAGGAAGAGAACAUUAUAAUCAAGUUAUGGCUGACAAGGCGAUGACGUAUGAGUCUACAUCUGUCGUUGAUGUUCCUCCUAGAAAAGACUGGGUAACAAUGAUGUUUAGAGCUUUAGACCUACCAAAGAAAGAGAUUAUAAGGUUUGAUGGUAACCCUAUGAACUAUUGGAGCUUCAUACGGAAUUUUGAGGACUGUUUUGACGAGAGCAUUGGAUUCCGA